GACAGCUGAUUGUCUGCACGACGGCUUUGAUCCGCGACCCCUUGCCCGCUGCCGUUUGCACAACGGGUUUGGACGAGAGCGAUUCUCAGCCAAGGCUGUGCUGGCGACCCGCAGACAGAAAAUAGAACUAGCUCGCGCCGCCGCCGUUUCAGCUCCCACCCAUCUCGCUUUGGGGGCUUGACAAGUUCCGUCACUCUCAGUGAGAUGGCGUCCUUCCAACGCAGCCGGACGGGAACCGUCUCGUCGCAUAGAGAAGUCGCUGCCAUCUCGGUGGUGCACAUGGCCGAGGUGGUGCGGCGUUCUGUCUGCAAGCGCAACCAGCGCUGUCCAUCAAGCUUCUCCCGCCGGGAUUCAGCCCUGUCCUGGACCUCCCUCGACAGCCCCACAGACUCUUGGCCUCCCGCUCAUCACGAUGAUUUGGCCCUGUGCUCUUGUGGUGGCCAGCACAUCCAAGUCUUCAACUACUCGGACGAUCUUGCCGCCCGCAUGGUCGCUAACAGUGCCAGUGAUUGUGACAGUGGCAGCGACAGCGACAUGGUCGACCCGCCCAAUGUCCUCGCUGAUGCCUUGACUAGCGACGACGAGGGCUUGGAUACUGACAAGGCGCCUGUGAGCUUGAGCAAUAGCGCCUUCAGCAGUCGAAGCAGCAGCGCAGUCAGCAGCGCUGGCAGUACGCCCACACAGCGACGCCGUACUCUCCCUCCCUCCAAUCUCAUGGCCCGUCUCACCGUGGCCCUCGGGUUUGCCUCGGUCAAAGGCAAGCGCUCGACGGCCAACCAGUGCAGCAACAAUCGCACCAGCACCACUACCCAGCUGAUCAUUGACGCACCCCGCAAGACGACUUGGUCUUUGCACAACUCCUUGAAACGCUCUCAAAGCUUAGACAAUGGUCUUUCGCAUGUCAAUGCUGCUCGCAGCAACUCAAAGCCCCGCGUUCUUCCCGCUGUACCGCCCACCGUCAAGACCAACCGCCGGCGAUUUCCCAACCUGGCCAUCAUCAAUGAGUAG